UCCUCCAAAUUUCCCACCUCUAAACAUAAACACAAAGAGUUUUUGCUCUUGUUGAAAACCAAAAAACAAGUUUUUUUUUUAAUUCCUCUAUUCUAUUUCCCAUGGGUUCCCAAACUCCAAUGGUUGAUAUCAUGGUGGUUUUCGAUUUCGAUAAAACCAUUGUUGAUUGUGAUACUGAUAAUUGGGUUAUAGAUAAUCUUGGUUUCACUGAAAUGUUCGAAAAGCUUCUUCCUACCAUGCCUUGGAAUCCUCUUAUGGAUUUGAUGAUGAAGACGAUGCAUGAGAAAGGAGUGACAAAGGAUGAUAUAGUAGAGGUCUUAAACAGAACUCCUAUGCAUGAUCGUAUCAUUCCCGCCAUUAAAUCUGCUUAUGAUGCUGGGUGUGAUUUGAGGAUCCUUAGUGAUGCAAACAGGUUCUUUAUAGAAACAAUAUUGGAUCAUCAUGGUAUCAAGAAUUAUUUUACUGAGAUUCACACUAAUCCUGGUUAUGUGGAUGAAAAUGGAAGAGUUAGAAUAUUUCCUCACCAUGAUUUCACUACUGCUCCUCAUAACUGCGACAACAUUCUUUGCCCUCCUAACAUGUGUAAGGGUGUAGUGAUGGAAAAGCUAUUAGCUAAUGAAGGGGACAACACAUUCAUCUAUUUAGGUGAUGGAAAUGGAGAUCAUUGUCCUAGCUUAAAGCUAAGAGAAGGUGAUUGUUGCAUGCCUAGGAAGAACUACCCACUUUGGGGUGUAAUUUCAAGUAACCCAAAGCUCAUCAAUGCUAAGAUCCAUGGAUGGUCCGACGGGGGCGAUCUCGAACGUGUCCUGCUCUCCCUCAUCCAUGACUUGUUAUCUAAUAAGCAAGAGAAGAAAGGUGGGCAUCAAAGCUUGGCUAAGGUUGAUUUCAAGCUUAAGAAUAACGUGCCAAGGCCUUCACGUGAAGUUCUACCGCCAGCACUUUCAGUGUCUCAGUAGUAACGACAUUGAUUAAUAAAACACCCUCCGGCCUCCGUUGGAAUUUAGUUGUCACGUGUUAUUUUAUAUUAUGUUAUCAUCUGAUAAUUAUUUUUAGACAGAGGAGAUAUCUAGAUAUAGUAUCGAUCGUGGUUACCAUUACCCCAUCAAAAUUAUAUUUGAAAAAAAAAAUGGUGAUUCAAACCCACAUAGCCUGCCUUCAUAUGUUACGAGACUAUGAGUGAGCUUAGGAUGUGGUCGUAUGAAGUAUAUAUAAGCUUUGAGUUUGAGCUAGUUUAUUUUAGCCAAAUUAAGCUAAAUUAGGCAUCAUAAUAGUGUGUACUUUGUUGUAAUGAUGUAAUCUCAAUAAGAAGUAAAGGCAAAAUAGCCAUUUCUUUUUUA